UGGGUACAACGCAGCACAGGUUGGUCAGUUUCAACAACCUGUCCCAGUCCCCCCACCCGCAACCUCACCACGCCCUCGCCCACGAACUCCUCCCAGCGGAUUCAUCGCAGGUUGGUCAAUUGGCGCUGCGGCCGAAGAGGAACGGCAUUGUUGGCCCUUGAUUCCACUUCCACCCCAAGGUGCAUUUGUGUGGAUGAAGACGGGCAUAUAAUCACAUAAUAAAAGCAUUCCGACCUGCAUAUUCAGUCUUCUGCUUCCAGAAAAAUGUCAGUGCGGCGACGGUCAGAUAGUGUGGAGGGGCUGUUCUCAUUCGAGGAGUGGAAAGAUCGGAGGUCAGACAUAGAAAACUCAGAGGAUGAGAGGAGGAGGUUGUCCAUCGGUGGUUCACUCAAGAAGAAAGCGCUAAAUGCAUCGAGCAAGCUCACACAUUCACUCAAGAAGCGUGGGAAGAGAAAUGUUGGGCAUCGGGCUUCUUCCGUCACAAUUGAAGAUGUCAGAGAUGAGGAAGAGGAACGCUCUGUCUUCACAUUUCAGCAAGAGCUUUUGAGCAGAAAUUUGCUAUCUGACAAACUUAAUGAUUAUCACACAUUGCUGAGGUUUUUGAAGGCAAGGAAAUUUGACACUGAGAAAGCUGUUCAUAUGUGGGCUGAGAUGCUCCAAUGGAGAAAAGAAUUCGGUGCAGAUACAAUACUAGAGGAUUUCAGUUUUGGAGAGCUAGCGGAGGUGCUUUGCUAUUAUCCUCAGGGCUACCAUGGAGUUGACAGGCAAGGAAGACCAGUAUACAUCGAGAGAUUAGGGAAAGUUGAACCAAAUAAACUGAUGGAUAUCACUACAGUUGAUCGCUACAUCAAGUAUCAUGUGCAAGAAUUUGAGAGAGCCUUUUGUGACAAGUUUCCAGCAUGCUCUAUCGCCGCGAAAAGGCAUAUUGAUUCUACAACAACUAUACUGGAUGUCGAAGGCGUGGGUUUCAAGAACUUCAGCAAAACAGCAAGGGAAAUGUUAACUAGAAUGCAAAAGAUAGACAGUGAUUAUUAUCCUGAGACAUUGCAUCAGAUGUUUGUUGUAAACGCUGGGAGUGGUUUCAAGCUACUAUGGAAUUCAGUGAAAGGCUUUCUUGACAUUAAAACUGCCUCGAAGAUACAUGUUUUGGGAACAAAAUUCCAAAGCAAACUUCUUGAAGUAAUAGAUGAAAGCCAACUUCCUGAAUUUUUGGGUGGAACAUGCACUUGUGCUAGUGAGGGAGGAUGUCUCAGGUCUAACAAAGGUCCAUGGAAUGAUUUUCACAUCAUGAAGCUAGCACAUAACAAGGAAGCAAAACUUAUAAAGCAUACAAGACGCUUAUCUGAGAUCGAGCAACGUGCUAGGUUACAUCUUUUGAAGGGUAGAAACAGUGACACGUCAACAGUUGAGUCAGGAUCGGAUGUUGAUGAUCUGGGUUCUCCUAUGAUGAGAAGAGCAUUGGAGUGUAGUCGAUUAGCUCCAGUUCGUGAAGAAAUGCAGAUGAGAACACGAGAAUCUGCAGCUUAUUACAGUUGCGAUGAUCACUUUGUCGUGGUGGACAAAACUGUAGAUUAUGGCAGAGGAGGAUCAAUGCCGGAUAAAACCAGUGCCCCAGAAGUAAGAGUUCAAGCCUUAGGCACUGGCACAACACAAAAUGUUCCAGAUUUAGGUUUUUCAAGACACAGACGUGGUUCAGUAGUACCCAAAGAGAUUCCAGAGGAAGGGAAAUUCUAUCGUUUUCUCAGAUUACUGCUGGCUCUGGUCGUUAGAGUUUUUGCCUUAUUUCACAUAGUACGCAUUCAGCCAGAGACGGCGAUGGUAGACAACCCACUGCCUCCAGCUGAGCAUGAACCGAUCUCCGGUGAUAAUCCAGCAAAGGAAGCAUUUAGUGUGGACCAUAUCAGUCCUGUCAUUGGGCGCCUUCAGAGGCUAGAGAGCAGGGUCGAUGAGCUCAGCAGCAAACCCCCAGAGAUUCCGGUGGAGAAAGAACGCUUCCUCUUGGAAUCAUGGGAUAGGAUCAAAUAUAUUGAAUCUGAUCUCGAAAGGACAAAGAAGGUGCUGCAGGCUACAGUGAUGAAGCAACUUGAAAUUACAGAGUCAAUAGACGAAGUUAUCCUAUCAAAGCUGCGCAGACGAAGAUUUUGUGCGUGAUUAAAAACCCUAGAUUCUCAACGCAUUAUGGGUAAAUAGAGUUGAGACAGCAUUUGGCGGGACAAGUUACGCAUAAGAUGCAGUAUACGAGCGCGCAAUGUGCUUUCUGUUGUUCAGAUUGGUACCGGGUACCGGUCGAGCAUAGCGAAAGCUCAGUUCAAGUUUCAUUUUUUUUUUGCUUGUAACUCCAAGAUGUUUCUGUUCUGAAUUAGCACACUCAAACAUAAUCCAAAGAUACGCAGCAGAAUCAUAUGUAA